UGCCACCUCAGACGAUCUUCCUAGAUCGCCCAUCCAAGCUGCGUUCGACAUCACUACGUUUUGAGCAAUAUGCCGGCAAGACAUGGCAUUCACAAGGCCAGUGAUCAGAGUAUCGCUGCGCCCUCAUAAAUUGCGACCGCAAACACAGCGGCUUCCUACCUUUGCGCGGCGACUCCUUCAUAAAGAGCCAGUCACUGACGAUGUCAUUGCUGAACUUGCGUCACGGCCAUUGCAUCCCUUGACUUUGGCUGAUCUGGUCAAACAUGGAAGACCUCCGCUGUCAACGCGACAGCUGCUAGACUCGGCCAACUUCACCGUCUCUAUACUCCCCUCCCGGCUAGCACACCGGAUACAGUCUCUCCGAAACCUACCGUUCAUUGUCGUGGCAAACCCUCAGAUCUCGAAAAUCCAUGGAAACUAUUUGCAUUCUUUGUCGACUCUCCUCCCGUGGGUUGAGAAGGACAUACGAACGUUGGAAGACGAGAUCAAGUUCACUGAGGUCCUGGCGGAUCUCGUUCAGACGCACAACAACACCAUUUCUAUUCUAGCAAGAGGUUUUCUAGAAGCUAGAAAAUACAUCAGCGCAAAAGAAGUCACACGCUUUCUGGAUGAACAUCUGCGGGCAAGAAUAGGCACGAGACUGAUCGCGGAACAACACAUAGCUUUGCAUUUCUCAAGCCAGCCACACAUGAAGUUGAACCCACACGAUGCGAAGCAGUCGCCGCCAGAGGCGCCGGACCCAAGCUUCAUUGGAGUAAUAGACACGGAACUAUGCCCUGCGCACAUCAUACGUCACUGUGAGCAAGCCGUAGGUGACAUUUGUGAAUUCAAGUAUGGCACCCGACCGCAGAUCGAGAUCAACGGCGAACCUAAUUACACUUUCGCGCAUAUUCCGAUGCACAUGGAAUAUAUUUUGACAGAACUGCUUAAAAACUCGUUUCGGGCGACGAUCGAAAAUGGGAACGAGAGAGUUCCGAUCGAAGUCACCAUUGCCCCGCUGCCAGAAGACCCAGACGUUACCGGGCGCAAAAAACACAUCUCACAUCUUGACCAGGGAAAUCUUGACCUUGCGUCUACGGGCGCACCUGAAUCCCAUCUCGAAGAGAUCGCGGCUGCCGAGCACAUCAGACCCCUAAAGAAGACAACGCCCGGCGUUACAAUCCGGAUUCGCGAUCGUGGUGGUGGUAUUUCACCAGAGAAUUAUGCCCACAUAUGGGAUUAUAGCUUUACUACGUUCAGCGAGGACAAGAUACAGUCGAAACUACACGGUGAUUCUGAAGGACAGCAUGGUAACAUGGAUGCACUUAAUGCCAUCACGACGGGUGCCGGAGGAGGGAGCAGUUUAGCUGGCUUGGGCUAUGGAUUGCCACUUGGCAGAGCGUAUGCCGAAUACUUUGGGGGUGGCAUCGCGAUUCAAAGUCUGUAUGGAUGGGGGACGGAUGUUUAUCUUAGCCUAAGAGGUGUUGGCAAGCUUGAGUAACGCAUAACAAGGGCAUGCAUCAUCUCCUAUUUGCCGUGAAGCGUCGGUCGCUUCAGUUUGCUAGGUCUAGGCUUUUGGUCCCCGACCUCCGGUAGGAAGCAAUCGAGCCUCUACUAAGACAUCAGGAACAAGGCAUCCUUUUGUAACCACGUGUAAUAGCUAUGGUUAGAGAACUAGGAGCAGCAAUACUUACACCGCGAGCUUCUCCGAGCUUUGUCCUAAUCAAUCAAGCACAGAUGGGUACUUUGCAAGUGUGCGGUUGAGCGAACACAAUGAGAUGAUCGCCAUCACGCUUUCUCUUUGUAAUUCUUGCAGUCCCAACCUUAGACUUCAAGAAUUCGCCUACGGUUUUCUCGAAGAAAGAAAAAGUGGAAAUCUGAAUGGUCUAGCGAUAAAGGCGGCGUCAGGAUUGCAGUUCCGAUGGCAAAACAGCCGUCUGGCCAAUAUGUCGGGAUUGCACAGAGCCCAUUCUGCCGGGUCACCAAUGCUUUGGAACGGUGUCACCAGGCUUCUGCUGCUCGAGAAUAUUGAAGUGUCUGCGUACCUUUCUCCGGUUCUCCGACGUCCACAACCUCCUAGCUGUGGGAGCGUAUUCCAAACCUUUGGUUCAUUGUCUCCAAAAAGCUUCAUGCUGGAGCUCGAAAGGAAUUUGUGAACGUGGGCGUUGCACAAUAAGGGGGUUUGUUGCCGGCAAGCUGCAUGGACGGAACCUUAUGCGCAGAAAUCAUCCUAGAAUCUUUGUCCAGGCCUACGUAAUGAUUGAAGAAACAAAAUGUCGGUGAGAGCAAGAAGUGUUCGUUCGGCUACCGUACACAUUCCAAACGUAAGAGAAUACAAGAGCUUGGAGGGGCUAUGUCUCGACGGUAGGAAAGACAUCCGGGCUCAUAAAUCGUAAUCUCUGAUUGAGCAACGACAGAGAACAAUUGAGUUUUUGGCUCGUUGGUCCGUACUUGAGAAACACGUUAUAAAGUCGAAUCUCCGUGAAUAAAGCAUGCGAGCAAGAAAGACGAUGAAAGGAUACUGAGUACCAUUUCUGUUUUAGGUUCUUUGACCUUGAACGUCGAAAGUUGAAAAAAUGCAUAUGCGGAUCGACAUAUACAUUGCGCCAUGUGAGACUCUUGAGGGCGGACUAGACAGACUUGCGAGGCUUGUGAAAGAGUUAAGAAACCUUUUCGCAAGAGUUACGUCUAGCAGAUUAACCGUUCUGAUAAGCCGAAACGAGCUCAUGUCGUCAUUUAAAAGGCGACAAUUGACGAUCGUUUCACGAUGACUCCUUUCCCAUUACACCUUAAGCAUGCUUCGCGCCCCGUCCUACAGUACGAUUAGAGCCAACUAAGAGCCAGUGGAAGGACCUUACCCUGGGCCGGAAGGGUGCGAAACGCACUCUGGACAGAUCGAGAUGACUGUACCGGAGAUGAUAAUGUCAUCGGAGCUUGGGGAGACACAAGGGAUAGGCAUAUCGCAGAUGAGAUAGGGGUGAUAGACUGGAUGUUGAAUAAGAAUGUUUGCAAACGACCUUGACACCUUUGCAAAUUUGAUACGAAC